GGAAGUGCAGAUUAGAUCUCCAGAGGCACGCUUUCUGUAGGACGGUACUAGGAAGACAUAUGGGCAAAAACAAAUAUUGGCUUCGUGAUUAGCAUUGAACAUAACCCCUCAAAAUCUAUGUUUCUUCAGAAUUGAGAUGAAUCAUCUGAGAAGGUUCUGUCGUAAACGGUAGGUUUUCACGUGACUGUUGUAUACAACAACAAAAAUAUAAAGUUGUUUGGAGAAGCUGAUUCGAUAACCGUUUAAAUAAAGUACGUUGGCUGUUUGAGUUAGAUGAAUUACUGUACGUUUUUUUUAUGCAGGUGAGGAAGAGGAACGUUGACUACAUUCUCUUUGCUUACCUUUAGUAGUAAACGAAGGAUUACUUUCUAAAGUUGAACGUUAUUGUUCUUUAGUCGAUAAUAAUAAAUUGGAUUUUUAAUGUAUAUACUUCACAAAUCCAUCAUACCUAUGUGAUUAGGUAUUAGAAACAUAGAAGCAACAAAACAACACAAAAAAAAUCAUUAUAUGAAUAGAAGUAUAUAGGAGAAGUUUUUAAAUCAGACCGCAAGCAGAAUCAAAAUGAAAAUCAAACGUAUUAUCGCUGCGACGCGAUAGAGAAAAGAAGGAAAAAAAAUGGAUUUUUUGUCUAUAAAUGUGUAUUAUAUGUGUCAUUAAAAAAUCACAAUCAACUCUAAAUAAAACUAUGCACACCCGGAGAGCAGUAAUAGCAGUAACAAUUUCUUUUUAGUUCAUAUAAAAAAAAAAAUUUCUUUAUGAUUAUAAUACCGUCAUUGAAAUGAAGCGGUGUAUACACAUAUAACAAAUCAUCUACAUUUUUUCCUAUAUAGAUCGCCAUAUGAACUUUUUCAUUCUUCUCUCUUUUCGUAUUAUAUACGACAACAACAUCAUCUUUUUGAAAAGUUUACCGUGUACAUAUAUAGACUAGAAAGAGAAUUUAUAAGAUGUAUAUAUAUCCUUUGGUUUAAUCUAUGCCAAUAAAGAUUUGCUUAACACUUGGCUACUUAUAGACGAUAUGAAAGAAAGAAUAGAAGAAGGAAAAGAAGAAGAAUUAUAAAUGACUUAAACCCGACAUCUAUUUUCAUCCUGAUUUAAUAUAUGACGGUAACACCAUAAUAUGAAAAAAAGAACAUUACAGAAAAGAAACGAAAAAAGAAAAAGGCUUUAAUUGAGCUUUUUGAAUUGAAUCCUAAUCUGUUUGACUAUAACAUAUAGAACGAUAGUAUAUAUACGCUGUUACUGUAUAUUUCAAUCCAAGAUUUCGUCAAAUAUCUUCGAAAGAAGCCAUAGUAGUCCUUCUAAAAUCACGAUCGAUGAUAAAAUUCAGUUUAAUAAAUUAUUCUCUCUUUCUUCAUACUUCUAUUUGAUCGAGGUGACAUACUGAAAUAAAAAUUAUUUGCAGAAAGAUAAACUUUGUACAAAAUAUAUCAGAAAUGAGCUACGACACAAGGAGACCUUCACUACUCAUCAAAUCGUAUAUAAAAACAAAAUAGAAAAUCUCAUCAUUAUAAUGAUUCAGAGUUUAUGCGUACAUGCAAUGCCGACGAUAAGCCUAAGCCACAGUGAAGCCAGAUGAAUUUUUAAUUAUAAUAGUAUGUACAUUAUAUUUAACAUUAUACAAAAAAAAAAGCGAGAAAAAUUCUUAUAAAUUUAAAUCAAAUAAUAAUAACAAUAAUAACCACAAUAAAAAAUGUUGAAUAUUUCUUUAUUCUCUUGCAAAAAAAACAACAAACACAUUUCCCAAAACUAGAAAGAUUAUCUGAGAAUAACCUUUUAUUUUUAGUAAAUAGAAUAACGCUUCUGCGAAUUUUAUGUCAGAUCAUAUGAACGUGACACAAAGGGCAAAGUUUAAAACGAAUAUUCAUAAUCGGGUAGGAUUAUUUACUUUGAAGAUCAGUAUAGAGAAACAAUGUGUUCUCAACUAAUAAAGCGGACAUAGUUCUUUCCUUCUACCUGUAUUCAAUUCAUUAAUAUUGAGAUUGAAUUCUCAGUUUUGAAGAAAGAAAAGAGAAAAGAAAAGAAUAGGCGCAGUCUAUGCGUGUGUGUGUGCAUAUACAUAAACUAUCGAAAGAUGAAUUCAUAGAAAGAAGAAUAUUACGAGAGAGAGAAAGAGAGAGAGAAUAUAUACUUUCUUGAAUAAUCAAUCUAUGCUCUUAUAAACAACGGACUGAUUUUUUCAAAAAAAUUUUCUGAAUGCAUCUUACAAGAUGAAUAUUUGUAUUAAAUUUUAUGUGAAUAAAUAGAUCAAUCGGGAAUUUUCUAACCUUGAGAUGAAUUAAUUCAUUCAUUCAUUAUUCUUAAUUAGUAGAGUAACUAGAGUUGGUGGAAUGAUCGGGUGUCUAGAAAAGUUUUCCAUUAAAGAUAUAAUGUGCAUUUAACAUUGUCUACUAACCGUGUGCAUAAAGAGCUUCAUUUCUACAGAUUAUCGAUUUAUAAUGUAUGUAUAUAUUAUGCUGAAGAACUAAUUAGAAUGCUAAUUACUUAUAAUCAAUUAUCGAACGCGCGUAUAAUGAUUAAAAUUUAAAGUGAAAAAAAUUAAGUCUGUUUCGUUUAAACACUUAUUUUUUUCGUUUAUUUUUUUUUAUAUAGAAAAAUAAAAAACGACAAACGUAGUUUAAAUACUAUUCCAAAUGGAAUUUGGAAUCUGAUAAUCGCUCAAGAAUAUUAAAAAAAAGAAAAUGCUUGGAUGGACUAAAAAAGAACAUUCUUUGCAUGCAUCAAACAAUUUUCCUCACAAUGUUAUUGUAAAGGAUUAUCAACUGGGUCCUGUGAGUGUUGAUUUAUCCACUCCUUCAGUGGCUAAGAUAUUGAGCUCUAUACUAUUUAUCCAAUCAUCGUAUUUACUAGUCCAUAAAUUAUUUAUACAUUUUUAGUUCCUUGGAGUCGGCUCGUUUGGACAUGUAGUGUUAUCAAAUAAUGCCAAAACCCAAGAACUUGUUGCUGUUAAAAUCCUAAAACGAGCACAUAUUGUUAAAACACAAACCGUGAAAUAUGUGAUAAGAGAAAAAAGUCUUUUAGAAAUAUCAUCACAUGCAUUUAUUGUUCGAUUUAUUGAAGGAUUUAAAGAUAAUGCAAAUCUAUACAUUAUUCUAGAGUAUGUACCGUGUGCAACGCUCUAUUCGUUAAUCCAUAGAAUAGGAUCAUUAUCUGAAAAACAUGCUCCGUUCUAUGCUGCUCAAAUUGUUUUGGGUAUUGAGUAUUUACAUACAAAAGACAUUCUUCAUCGAGAUUUAAAACCAGAGAAUAUUCUUUUAUCAGAAGAUGGAUAUAUUAAAUUGACUGACUUUGGUUUUGCUAAGAUAGUUUCAACGCGAACAUAUACAUUGUGUGGUACUCCGGAGUAUUUUGCUCCUGAAGUGUGUUCUCAACGAGGUUAUGGUAAAGCAGCUGAAUGGUGGAGUAUCGGCGUGUUUAUCUAUGAAUUAUGUACAGGCUCACCGCCGUAUAUCGGCAGAAAUCCUGAUAUGUAUUUGCGAAUACGACUUGGUCAAUAUCCCGACAGAGCAAAUUUUAGCGAUGAUUUAAGAAGCAUUCUGUCCGGACUAAUGAAUCCUGAUUUAACAAAAAGGUUGGGAAAUUUAGUUAAAGGUUAG